AUGACAGUUCGGUGCUCCUGGCGUAUCCCACACACACCUGUCAAACCGCACCUGCACGCACAGAAAACACACCUCUGUGUGGGAUGAGCCCAAGGGUGGGUAAUGCGCUCUGUCUUAGUCUGUACCUGUCUGUCUGUUCUCAUACACCUCAUAGGCUACUAUUGAGAGAGUUGCGAUGCUCAAACUGCUUAAAUAUCUGCAUGGUUCGGAGCUUGUGUCCAAGUUCCAGAGGGCAUGCGGUCUGUUCCUCAUCGAAGCCGCGCAUCAGAACGGAAACUUGGUGCACCCUCCGCGGGAGACGCCGCUCAUAGACGCAGAGGGACCUCACCAACUUGCUCGACUUCGGUGCGGUAAUGGACACAUUAUUACCAAUGAAAAGGACAGCAACUCAAAUGACAAACACAAGGAAAAUGGAUACAGUGUUAGUGUGUCUGCUAGGCCCCAGUAUGAGGUGAGGAACCGGCUGCUAUACUUCCUGUUCCUGGUGUCGGCCGGGCUGGGUCACGAGGUCUUCUACAUCACCUUCCCUCCUUGCUUACACUGGAACCUGGACCCCUUCCUCUGCAGACGCCUUGUCAACAUCUGGACCAUGGUGAUGUACAUCGGCCAGGCCCUGAAGGAUGUGCUGAAGCUGCCACGCCCUCUAUCGCCCCCAGUGGUGAAGCUGGAGAAGCGUGUGGAUGCUGAGUAUGGCCUUCCCUCCACCCACGUCAUGGCCACCACCGCCAUCUUCUUCACCCUACUCCUCAGCGCCCCUUCCAGGGUUCAAUUCCAGUUUGAAGUGGGUCUGCUUGUGGCGGUGGUGCUGUCUGUGUUGGUGUGUCUGAGUCGUCUGUACACAGGCAUGCAUUCUGUUCUGGACGUGAUCUGUGGUGCUCUAAUCUCAGCCACAUUAAUGUUGGUCACCUAUCCAUACUGGGAAACCUUCGACCGGCUCCAGCUCACCUCCCCACUCUCCCCCAUCGGGGCAUUGGUACUGGCUCUCUUCCUGAGCUACACCUACCCUGAGCUGGACCAUUACACCACCACGCGGGGGGACACCACCACCAUCCUGGGGGUGGGUGCAGGCUGUUCUGUGGGCUACUGGGUAAAUGAGAGGCUGGGGGAGACGUUUGAGCCCCAGGGGGUGCUACCCAUACCCCUGCCAGCACUGACACUGGGUGGCUUAGCCCUGGCCAGCUCCCGCUUUGUGGUGGGUGUCGUGGCGUUGGUGGCAACUCGACAGAUAAUGAAGACAGCCAGUCUGUGGGUGCUGUGCUCCUGGUAUGGAGUGUCAGUCAACGACAUAGACGCCAGGAGAAGGAAGGAGAUCGAGGUGCCAUAUAAAUUCACCACCUAUACUUCUAUAGGCCUGGUCCACUCUAUUCUGGUCAAUAGACUGUUCAUAGUACUGGGACUGCUAUGACCCAAUGCUUUAAUGAACUGUUAAAAUAUAUACACUACCAUUCAAAAGUUUGGGGUCACUUAGAAAUUAGAAAACAGUAUCAAACACAGUUUCUGUGAAGGGAGUAGUACACAGCGUUGUACGAGAUCUUCAGUUUCUGUGAAGGGAG